AAUAAUAUUUAAGGGUCGCAUAAAGAGGAAGAAGAAUCUGCUAAUGUCUUAGGGCACCUCCCCCGCUGAGAUGAGAGAUGGAAUGCAACAAGGAGGAGGCUCUCCGGGCGAAGGAGAUCGCCGAGAAGAAGUUGAUGGAGUCGGACGUCCAUGGCGCCCACAAGUUCGCCGUCAAGGCCAGGAGUCUGUACGCCGGCCUCGACGGCCUUUCUCAGCUCGUGGCGACUCUCGACGUCUACGUGUCGGCCCAGAAGAAGAUCAACGGGGAGGCGGAUUGGUACGGAAUCCUCGGCGUCGAUCCUUCCGCCGAUGACGACGCGAUCCGGAGGAGUUAUAGGAAGCUCGCGCUUCUUCUUCAUCCCGACAAGAACAAAGCGGUGGGCGCCGAUGGCGCUUUCAAGAUUCUCUCCGAGGCCUGGAGCUUGCUGUCCGAUAGAGCGAAGAGAUACGCGUAUGACCUGAAGCGCAACUCGAGGGUCCGCAAUGGGAAAUUCCCGACGCCGGGCCAUCAGAAUGGAUUUCACAGUUUUCCAGGUACGCAUCAGAACGACAAUGCGGGCGAUUGGAGGAGUGCUUCGACUUCUCCUUAUCAGAAUACGAAUGGUGGGAGUUGGAGGGGCAGUGCUGCUUAUGUGGUUCGCAAUUCGUCUUAUCCCCACCGGGAUUGCAACACUAGGGACUGGAAGAGUGCUGCUGACGCUAAUUAUGCUUCAGCCUCUCCUCGGACAUCAUUUUGGACACAGUGCGGUGGUUGCCGAAUGAAGUAUGAAUACCUGAUUCGCUACCUAAAUCAGCAGAUUCUCUGCCCCAGCCCCGGCUGCCGUAAACCCUUUGUGGCCAACGAGAUUCCACCUCCACCAGUAGAUGGACAUAGGUCAUCUGAUUCGCAGGCUUUCUUUGAAGCACAACAGUAUCCUUGUCGAAUGAGAAAUCAUGGGCAUGCAUCUCCUGCCCCAAAUGCACGUUCAACCAGCUUCUCUGGUAUUCACUUGCCGCCGCAGUUUGCUUCAUCCUAUGGCACAUUACCCAAAUUCGCAAGUGAUAAUAGUGCCCCGGCACCUGCAUCAUAUGCUCCUCAAGCUUCAGGUGUGUUUGAGCCUCUAUUUCGGCACCGGAAGAGAGGCCGCGGAGUGGCAGCUGCUGUCCAAGAGGAGUACGGUGAGAGGAUUCAAAUGUCUAAGAAGGCUCGAAGUGAUUCAGUGAGCAUGUCGGCUGAUGCCAAUUCCCUAGAAACUGAUCGGAUUGAGAAAAGGAAAGUUGAUGAAGGCGGCAUAAAUAAGAAAGUCUCAGAGGGUGCAGGUCAGGUAGCAUUUGCAAAUAGUAGAGGAGUCGUAACAGGAACUACGCCUGGACUUCAAAAGGGAUCGCUGGAUCGGGGGAGGGUUAAUUUCAGUUUAAUUAAUCGGUAUAACGGCUUGAGGGAUGUUUCUCUCCUAGAAUUGCGAAAUAUGCUGAUACAUAAAGCCAAAACAGAUAUUCGUAAGAAGCUUGAUGAAUGGAGAGUUGAGAAAGAACCUUCAAAUGGACGAAAUUCUUUGCAAGGGGAGGUCAAGCUGAAGUAUGGGAAAGUGCAGAAGGCUCCCGCGAGUGGUGCUAAGACCGCUCCUGUUAAGCAUAGUGAGCCCGUGGAUGGUAAGGACAGAGUUCAGAUGGAAAAGACUUCCCAUUCUAUUUCCAAUAUCAAAUCUGAAGCAGAGAACUUUGUCCCUAUGCAAAUGGUCGUUACAGACCCUGAUUUUUAUAAUUUUGACAAGGAUCGGACAGAGGAUUCAUUUGCUGAUAAUCAAGUCUGGGCUGCUUAUGAUGAUGAUGAUGGGAUGCCCCGUUACUACGCUCUGAUCCACACUGUCAUGUCAUUGAAACCAUUCAAGAUGCGCAUAAGUUGGCUUAGUUCCAAAACUAACCAAGAACUUGGCCCUACGUGUUGGGUUGGAUCUGGCUUCGCCAAGACCUGUGGGUAUCUGCGAAUAGGGAAAUCUGUUGUUGAUAACUCCCUUAAUGCUUUCUCGCAUAGGAUGAAGUGGACAAAAGGCGCAAGGGGCUUAAUUCACAUUUAUCCCUUGAAGGGAGAUGUUUGGGCUCUAUAUAGGAACUGGUCUUCUGAUUGGAAUGAGUUAACUCCAGAUGAGAUAAUACACAGCUAUGAUAUGGUUGAAGUGAUCGAAGAUUACAGCGAUGAGCUUGGUGUUACUGUUGCUCCACUCAUCAAAGUUUGUGGCUUCAAGACUGUGUUUCAGAAGCAUCCAGAUCCUGGGAAAUUAUGGACGGUUCCAAGGGAGGAAAUGUUUCGGUUCUCUCAUCAGGUCCCUGCUCACUUGCUUACAGGUGAAGAAGGUGCAAAUGCUCCUAAAGGAUGCUGGGAGCUUGAUCCUGCAUCCACACCUCUGGAACUUCUUCAGGUGGUAACAACUACUGGCAGAGGGUUGGAAGCCAAAGUGGACGGUACGGCCAGUGUUACGGUGAAGGGGAUGAAAGCCAAGGAAGAAGUGAUGCUAGUGUACAAGCGCAAACUAAAAGGGAAGCAGUCAUGAUGCAUUUAGUCAUCUUUUUGCAUGCUUUUGGACCAUUUCACCUGGUUAGAUUGCAUAGGUCAGUGUAGUUUUGGAGUCUGAAACCACAACAAUCUGAACUAAUCCGCUGAGGAGUGUACUGUUUCUACUAUCUUAUUCAGCAUUUUUUGGGUAGCCAUUUGAUAUCGGUAGUUAGCAGUUAUUCUGCAAAUUCGGCUGGUAACUAUGGGUUGAUGAAAACUCAAGAUUUUGUUCAAGGUCAGAAAUCUUCAGAAGAUAAAUUUUCGGCUUUAUAGUAACUUUGAGGAUAGUUUGAUUUCUUUACUAGGAUUAGCUCAUUAGUAGCUUUUCUGAUGAAGAUAUCCGAUUUCCCUCAUUAAUGCUUUCUUAGGGGAACAGGGAUAACAAAGGUGGCCAAAUCUGUAUAAUCUGGCUUAACCAUUCACUUUUAACUUUUUUUGUAUUCAUGUUGCUGAACUAAGAUUCCAAUGUACAGAUAUUCAUUUUAUAUAUGACCUUUUCCCUA